CGGAACUGUCCUCCUCUCCUCUGUGCGACCAAAACCUUUUGUCUUUUCUCUCUCGUCUCUCUUUCUCUCUAUCUCUGAAAAGGCUCUCUGCUUCAAAUUCCAUCAUGGCCGGCCAUGAAAUCAGCACAUCCAAUAGGGAGUCCAGACCUCACCCACUUUACCAAAUCGCAGAAAGCCCAACCCACAAGCUCCUCCUGAAACAAUGGCUCAAAGAAGAAGAACUAAUCCUUGGCCGCAUAGCUCUCAAAGAAUCCCAAAUCGACAAUAUCCGCAAAGAAAUCACCCAACUCUUCUGCUUCUUCUUUCUCUUUCACUCCAUAGCCCUUGUCCUCCUCUUCAGUGCAGCAUCCGGAGAGCCCCGUGGUGAGGGCUGCCAUAGAUCUUGGAUCCCAUCGCUUUGUUCUCUCCUCUGUUCUUUGGCCAUCAUUUGGGCAGUUAGAUACAAGACAGAUGUUGAGAGUCACAUGGAGAAGCUAUUGGAGAGAGAGAAAGAAGACAGGCAGCUUUUGACGAAAUGUGUUCAAGAACUGAAGAAGAAAGGUGUGGAAUUUGAUCUGUUGAAGGAAGUGGAUGCGCUAAGGAGAGCUAAGAGCCUUAGAGUUGAGUCCAAGGUUGUCCGAAGAUGGUCUCCGAGGGACUUCGUUACCCUAUUCUUCUUCACCGUUUCUUGCAUGGUUUUAGGUCUUACCAGGGUAGUUUUGUGUAAUUAGGGAUUUAAAGAGAGGCACCCAAGGAUCGAAUCUGUGUUUCUUAUUCAUAUCUGGGUACCCUCUUUCGUUCUCUCUAAAAUCCAGGGCAUUUAUUUUGCAGAAUAUUUCCUCUUUUUUUUUUUCCUAACAAAAGAUAGGGAUUUUUGUUUUUUUGGGAUGAAAGGGAAGCAGAAUACUUUGUUCUGCUAAUGUAACUGCUGGAAUUGGUAUUGAUAAUUCGUCAAAUAAGGUUUGGAUA